AUUUUGACUCAAGCUUUAGCCACUUUAGCCCAAUGAUCUUUGAAUGAUUUGAAUGCUACUUGCCUAGGAGAAUGGGUGCUGUUGCCUUACAAGCGCCGGCUUUCGUUUUGUCUCCUUCUACAACGGCAAUCCCCAGACGUCCGGCAUCUGCCGAAGCUCAACUGUGGGGCGCAUCCGGAGCGUGCCCAGCAGCACAAGCCUGUCUCAUUGGUGCUUUGUUUCCUGGGGCACUGCGGUUGGCCAGGAAGCCCAACCGAAGGACAUACCAUCACAAGAGCCACAAGAUUCAACGUUGCGCAGCUGCCACAGACUCUGUGCCGGUGGACCGUGAGCGCUACACAGAUGCAGCAUGGCAAGCAAUGCAGGAUGCACCACAGAUUGCGGAACAGUGCCAAUCUCAGUAUGUGGAGCCCGAACAUGUGUUUCUAGCCUGCUUGGACCAGCAAGUCUCCACCACUGGAGGCCUGUGUGCCCGGAUCCUCGAAAAGGUGGGGAUUGCCAAGCAGGCAGCCAAAGAUCGGAUCAUGGAUUGGAACAGCAAACAGCCAAAGGUGACAUCGCCUGGGAGUUCCAUGGGUAGCGCAGCAUCCCGAAGUCUCGUGACCAUGAUUUCUCAAGCUGACGCAGCCACUUCGGCAUGGGGUGACAAGUACAUCUCUGUGGAGCACCUGGUCCUUGCCUUUUGCAAGGAUGAUCGCUGUGGAAAACGCUUCUUCUCAGAUGUUGGCGUUGAUGAAGCCCAACUCAAAAAGGCCAUUGAUGAGGUACGCGGCAGCAGCAAGGUCACCAGUCAGAACCCUGAGAACACCUAUGAAGCACUCAAGACAUAUGGCACAGAUUUGACCAGCAUGGCCCGAGAAGGAAAGCUCGACCCCGUCAUCGGCAGAGAUGACGAGAUCAGGCGAGUGAUCCAGAUCCUCGCCAGGAGAUCCAAAAACAACCCAGUCAUUAUAGGCGAGCCUGGUGUUGGCAAGACUGCUAUUGUCGAAGGAUUGGCACGACGGAUCAUUGAUGGUGAUGUUCCACAGGCCUUGAAGGACAAGGAGGUGAUCUCAUUAGAUAUUGGAGGCAUGGUCGCCGGUGCCAAAUUUCGAGGUGAGUUUGAGGAACGAUUGAAAGCAGUAUUGAAAGAGAUCAAGGAUUCAGAUGGCAAGAUCAUUUCGUUCAUCGAUGAAAUCCACACCAUCGUGGGUGCCGGAGCUAGUGGUGGUGCCAUGGACGCUGGGAACUUGCUGAAGCCCUUGCUUGCUCGAGGGGAGCUGCGCUGUGUGGGUGCAACUACUUUAGAUGAAUACCGGCAGUAUAUCGAGAAGGACCCGGCAUUGGAACGGCGUUUUCAGCAAGUUUUGGUGCAAGAGCCCAAAGUCCCUGAUUGCAUCAGCAUUUUGCGAGGGCUCAAGCCCCGCUAUGAGUUGCACCAUGGUGUGCGCAUUUCAGACAGGGCGGUUGUGGCGGCAGCCGUUUUGAGUGACCGCUACAUCUCGGACCGCUUCCUUCCCGACAAGGCAAUUGACCUCAUGGAUGAAGCUUCUGCCAAAGUGAAAAUGGAAGUGACCUCCAAGCCCGCAGAACUGGAGCGCCUGGACAGGAAGAUUCUGCAAUUAGAAAUGGAGAGGUUGAGUGUGGGUGAAGAUAAGGACAGCCAAUCAGUUGCCCGCAUGGAGGGCAUCAACGAAGAGUUGGACAAGCUUCGGGCUGCCCAGAGUGAGCAAGAAGAGAAAUGGCAGAAAGAGCGUGAAGUUAUCAAUAGCUUGCAAGACCUCCGCCAGCAAAUUGAGAAUCUCGAGCGGGAGCUUGCAGAGGCCGAGCGUAGCUUCAACUUGGAAAGAGCUGGGCAGAUCAAGUAUGGCGAACUCUUGGCCGCGCAGAAGAAGAUGGAAGAGGCUGAGUUGAAUGCUAGCAAUGAGGAUGACAGCGCAGAGCUGGUGAAUGAACGUGAUAUCCAAGAGAUUGUAGCAAUGCAGACUGGCAUUCCAGUGGAGAAGAUGUCCAUGGGAGAUCGCCAACGGCUGCUGAACCUGGAGGAGCAGCUACACAAGCGUUUGAUUGGUCAGGAUGACGCAGUUCGUGCCCUUGCUGAGGCAAUUCAGCGAUCGCGCUACGGACUCGCAGACCCCAAUCGACCAAUUGCCUCCUGCCUCUUCUUGGGUCCGACAGGAGUUGGCAAAACAGAGCUGGCGAAGUCCCUAGCUGAGUGGCUUUUUGAUUCAGAGGAAGCUUUGAUCCGAGUGGACAUGUCCGAAUACAUGGAGAAGUUUGCCGUGUCUCGUUUGACAGGGGCGCCUCCAGGCUAUGUGGGUUAUGAAGAGGGUGGACAGCUCACUGAGCCAGUACGAAGGCGGCCCUACUGUGUCCUGCUCUUCGAUGAGAUGGAGAAAGCACAUCCAGAUGUCUUCAAUUUGUUGCUGCAGAUCCUUGAUGAUGGAAGAUGCACCGAUUCGCAGGGCCGGACCGUUGAUUUCAAGAAUACCGUCAUCAUCAUGACAUCCAAUGUGGGAAGUGAUGCGAUUGCAGAGUUGGGCAACGAUGGCAAUGCGGCAGAAAAGAUGGAACAGGUCACUGAAGCUGUGCGUGAAGCCAUGGCUGAUGUGUUCCGUCCCGAGUUCCUCAACCGCAUCGAUGAGAACAUCAUAUUUAGACCUUUGAACCGUGCAGACUUGAGGGAGAUUGCCAAGCUGCAGCUGAAUCGGGUUGAGAAGAGGCUUGCUGACAGGAACAUUUCAAUCGAAGUUAGCGAAGCUGCCCUUGAUUUGAUUGCUCAGCGUGGCUAUGAUCCAACCUUUGGCGCCAGGCCAAUCAAGCGAUCCAUCGUAGCCAACGUGGAGACACCAUUGGCACAGAAGGGCCUCAGAGGUGAGUUUAAUGACGGUGACACUGUCAAAAUUGAUGCCUCUGGUGACGAGCUCACCUAUACGAGCACAUGAGCCUUUUGAUCAAGCUGAUCAGGGCAAGGUUACCAAGUAGAGUGGCUGUGCUGGCCACCAAGACCCCGCCAAUCUAUACGUUUCCGUAGGC